AAAUAUUAGAAGCUUUUUCAUCAUUGUAAAUAAAUACGAGUAGGUGAUAUGAUCUUUGAGAUUUGACAAAAUUUAAUUGAUUUUGAAACGCCUAGUCGCUUCAUAGGAUUAUUUUUAAAGCAUGGGGAUGUAUUUUCCGACAGUUUUUCCUUUAGUCUUCAUUGCAGGAAUUUGUUUUGUGUCGGCGCAAGAUUUUGCAGCAACCACAUUAAGAUCUUUGAUAUGCUACGAAUGCGAUCCAGGCAAUUUUGCAGAACAAUGCGCUAGUCCAGUUGCAUCGGGUGUUCAACAAAUAACCUGUUUUUCCGAACUUAAUUCAACAUUAGUUUGUAUGUCUGCAAAUAUUACUUAUUCUGGAGCUGAGGCAAAUAACAGUGGAAUUCACCGUGGAUGUCGUACACAAGGUGUUGCCGUAACUAACUAUUGCGACUGGUUGAAAGAAGAAGUCGACGGUAGAAACGCUAUCUUGACUGAUUGUGAGAGCUGUAAUACCACAAGAUGCAAUAGCAAAGUUUUUCAAAAUGCUGAAACUAGUAGCGCCAGUUCCUUAUUCAAAAUGGCAUUCACAGCCUUCAUUGCCAGUGUUUUAUUUGCUACUUUGUUUUAGCUAUAAAUUAAUUGACACUCCAAUGUCACUAAAUUGUGAAUAGUUGCUGUUUAAUUUAUUAAAAUUGUUAGACUAUUAUAUAUUAACAAUUAUUUUAUAAAUUUGUGCUUUCAAGAAAAUGUUAAAUGAUAGAGUUAUCCUCGCCUUUCAUCCGCACAUUAAUUCUGCUAAACUCCAGCUUAAGACGAUUGAGACGAUAAGAACUCUACAUAGUAGUCCUUAAAGAUAACCAGUAAAAUAGUUGGUAAUGACCAUCGUGUUAAAAUCAAACAGCUAAAUAAAAAAGGGCAUUUAGCACUCUCGCAAACACAAA